AUGCCUUUUGAAGUAGAGUUGUUCCUCGAAGUAUUCAUGAGACACGCCCGACGUUUAGGACAACAUGGAUACCUUAAUCGUAACCAACUAUUACAUGUAUUUGCAGACUUAAAUAUUAAACCAAUGUCAGAGGCCGAACAAUAUAUUCCUCGGUCUAGUAGAGGCGGUGGUCUUGCUCACGCAGCGGAAUUCUUGUUAAUCAUGUUAGAAGUUCUACCGGAAGGCGUUGGUCUAAACAAAGCACAAAUAGAAGAGUUCGUUAGAUUGUAUAGACAUCAUCAAGUUGAAUCCGGUUCUAUCGAUCCUUUGGAGAUUAAAAGAAUUAUCAUAGAGUUAAAAAUGGUUACUGCGCCGUAUCAUGACAUACUACUAUUUAGAUAUAACCGACCCGCUGCUAUACAGUUGAUGGAGUUAAUGAUCAUCACGGCAGAACGUUCUAAGACAGCUCCAAGAAAUAUCAUUUGCAAAGAAAAGGUGUUAAGUACACCAGAGGUCAGAUCAAUGAUAUCUAAAUUCAAAAAACUUGACAGGGACGGUGACGGUUUACUCUCCGGCAACGAAGCGGAAAAUUUCGUUAAUGAAUUUAACACUUCAAAUCCGGAAGUUCCAAUGACAUUUAAUUUCUAUGAAACAAGAAUAAACGUUGCCGAAUACUUGUUGUUCAAAGUCGAGCAAAAAGAGGUUUGA